UCCUGCUAAGCUAAAACAUCAGUUACAAACGCAAAUCACUUGACACAAAAGCUUACUCAUUUUACUCUGUCUUUAGUUGUUAUAUUUUCUUGCUUAAGUUCGGAUUGUGAAUUUGAUCACUAUGGCUGGGGUAAAUAAGAGCCACGAGUAUGAGACCAAGACCAGUGCUGGUGAAGAGAGUGGUGCUACUGAGACCAAGGAUCGUGGGUUGUUUGGUUUCAUGGGGAAGAAAAAAGAAGAGGUGCCUGCCACUGAGUAUGAAGAGAAAAUUCAUCGAUCAGACAACAGUUAUCCUGGUGACGGGGAGAAGAAACAUGAGGAUACUACUGUUCCUUCUGACACAGAGACACCCCUUACCCCAGAGAAGAAGAAGAGUUACUUUGAGCAAGCCAAGGACAUGAUACCAGCAUAUAAGAAAACUGAAGAGGUUCCUCCUCCGACUGAAGCUGUUUAUCCGUCUGAGACACCCCUUACCCCAGAGAAGAAGAAGAGUUACUUUGAGCAAGCCAAGGGCAUAAUACCAGCGUAUAAAAAAACUGAAGAUGGCCCUCCCUCUCCAGCUGAAGCCGCAGUUCAUCCCACAGGGACACCCCUUGAACCAGAGAAGAAGAAGAGUUACUUUGAGCAAGCCAAGGACAUGAUACCAGCAUAUAAGAAAACUGAAGAUUCCCCUCCCUCUCCAGCUGAAGCCGCAGUUCAUCCCACAGGGUCACGACCCCUUGAACCAGAGAAGAAGAGUUACUUUGAGCAAGCCAAGGACAUGAUACCAGCAUAUAAGAAAACUGAAGAUUCCCCUCCCUCUCCAGCUGAAGCCGCAGUUCAUCCCACAGGGUCACGACCCCUUGAACCAGAGAAGAAGAAGAGUUACUUUGAGCAAGCCAAGGACAUAAUACCAGCAUAUAAGAAAACUGAAGAUUCCCCUCCCUCUCCAACUGAAGCCGCAGGUCAUCCCACAGGGUCACGACCCCUUGAACCAGAGAAGAAGAAGAGUUACUUUGAGCAAGCCAAGGAGAGAACACCAGGAUUUAAGAAAAGUGAAGAGGUCUCUCCCCGUCCAGCUAAAGCCGCAGCUCAUCACACAGAGACACCCCUUGAACCAGAGGAGAAGAAGGGUUUCUUUGAGCAAGCCAAGGAGAGAACACCAGGAUUUAAGAAAACUGAAGAGGUCUCUCCCCGUCCAGCUAAAGCCGCAGCUCAUCACACAGAGACACCCCUUGAACCAGAGGAGAAGAAGGGUUUCUUUGAGCAAGCCAAGGAGAGAACACCAGGAUUUAAGAAAACUGAAGAGGUCUCUCCCCGUCCAGCUAAAGCCGCAGCUCACCUCACAGAGACACCCCUUGAACCAGAGGAGAAGAAGGGUUUCUUUGACCAAGCCAAGGAGAGAAUACCAUCACAUAAGAAAACUGAAGAGGUCCCUCCCCAUCCAGCUAAAUCUGCUUCUAAUGAAGGUGCAUUUUCUCAGACAGAGACACCCUUUGAACCAGAGGAGAAGAAGGGUUUCCUUGACAAAGUCAAGGAGAAAGUUCCAGCACAUAAAACUGAAGAGGUCCCUCCUCCAGCUGAAUCUGCAUUUUCUCACACAGAGACACCCUUUGAACCAGAGGAAAAGAAGGGUUUCCUUGACAAGGUCAAGGAGAAAGAGCUAUCACGGAAGAAAACUGAAGAGGUCCCUCACCCUCCAGCUGCCGCAUUUUCUCACACAAAUACGCCAUCUGAACCGGAAGAGAAGAGGGGUUUUCUCAAGGAGAAAGUGCCAACACAUAAGAAAACCGAAGAGUUCCCUUUUCCAGCUAAACCUGCUUAUACUGAAGCUGCAGUUUCAAACACAAAUACACCCCUUGAACCAGAAGAGAAGAGGGGUUUACUUGACAAAAUCAAGGAGAAAAUGCCGGGACAUAAAAAAACUGAAGAGGUCCCUCCAUCUGAAUUUGAUUCUACUGAAAAUGUAGUUUCCCAUAAAGGAGAGCCUAUGGUGAAAAAGGGAAUGAUGGAGAAGAUCAAGGAGAAGCUUCCUGGGCACCGCCCCCAAAUAUGAGGAAGCCAAGGCGAAAGAAAAGCAUGUUGCUUCCUAUUAGGACAGCAAUUUUUUGUUUCCUAUAGAAUGAUCAUGGUGUUGCUUUAAUGUGUGGUUUGUUUGGUUAUAUUCAUUAUGGUUUUAAACUUCAUGUUUUCAGGAUCAUUUCCUUUGUUUUGUUAUCCUGAUUUUUUUUUUAGUAAACUAUAUAUAUCAAUGAAAAAUUAUUUAUUUUGUUUUCA